AUGCUUAACAUAAAGUAUUUAGUGGUGCUCUCAGUGGUAGCCUAUUGUGGGGCUGAAGACUAUUAUAAGAUGCGUAUCGAUCACGACUACAAAGGACUUCUUAACCCUAAGAAGUACGGCAGUGAUAGUAGUGAUGGAUAUUCUCGUGGAUACAAAUCUGCGUCCAGUAAUGAUGGCUAUAAAACACUCUCAUAUGACGUGCCCUCAAAUUAUGGACACCAGAGACGACAAGACGACUACGAUUCCGACGACUACCAGACCUAUAAGAAACCCGAUUACGAGGACUCGUAUCCUAAAUAUCAGGCGAAAUAUGAGCCCAAAUAUGAACCCAAAUAUGAAGUGAAAUAUGAACCCAAAUAUGAGCCAAAGUAUGAGCAAAAAUAUGAACCCAAAUACUCGAGACCGAGUUAUGGUGAUAGUUAUGGACUGAGUUACGGACAGACGUAUUCAAAGCCCAGUUAUGAGCCGACAUACGAGAAGACCUAUAGUGCGCCCAUACAUGCGUACAGAAAUGUGGAGAUAAAGCCGAUCCAAAUGCAGGGCUACGGCGGCAAAGACCACUUGAUUGAAGUGAAAGACGAUCAGCCGAUUGUCAUACACUUCAGGACUCACGCCAAUCGCAUCAAAGUGGAGCAAACAAGGAUUCCAGAUCAUCCGAAAGAAGUAGAGCACCAGAAGUCGGAGGAUGAGCCGCACCGAGUGGUUCACGAGGUCUACAAACCGGUCAUACAAGAGGUGCGCGAAAUAAUACAGCCGUUCCGUAAAGUCGUACAACAGGUGCAACCGGUUGUGGAAGAGGUGCAGACUGUCGUCCAUAAGGCUAACGGGAGACGUGAUGGAGGGGCUGAUGAUGGCAGAGAUUAUGGCCAGAAAGUGGCCGCUUAUGGCAAGAGUGGCAACAAGAAGUACGCCAGUAUUAAAGACUACUUACCUCAGGGCUCAGCCCAAUCUGUUAGAGGCAUACCUGUCUAUAGGUCUUUAUAUAAAGGACCGGCAGUUCCGCACAAAAACCCUUAA